AGAGCCGUGGGGCCUGACAUAAGGCAAGAUAUACUCUGAGAUGACUCACUGUUCCCUCAGAAAGAAUAGCCCGCCCGUCUGAAAGGAGGUCUGCACCCAGAACUAGGCCCCCUCGAGGUCACCUUGAAGGGUCCGCGGAGGAAUCUGUGUCCCGGUGGCCUUGGGCAGCUGCGUUACUGGAUCGAGAUGACCACAGCCACCCCUUUGGGGGGUACUACCUUCUUCUCCUUGAACGUGACCACCAGAGAAGAAGACUUUCUGUACAAGAGUUCUGGAGCCAUUGUUGCUGCCAUUGUGGUAGUUGUCAUCAUCAUCUUCACUGUGGUUCUGAUCCUGCUGAAGAUGUACAACAGGAAGAUGAGGACCAGGCGGGAGCUGGAGCCCAAGGGGCCCAAGCCAGCCUCCCCAUCUGCCUUGGGCUCAAACAACAACAGCAGCCAACACCCUCCUACUGUGACCUUCAGUCCCGUUGACGUCCACGUGGAGACUCGAUGACCCCACCACCACCACCUUGGUGCUAUCUUGGCCACCGUCCAAAGAGCCUUCUCCAUUCAAGACCCAGAAGCACAUUUCUCCUCCGGCAGCUUCACUGAGUUCCUUCCCGUUCCGGUUGGGUCGACAAGGGGCAUCUCACGCAAGUCCAAACGCUCAAGCAGCCCCAAACCCC